UGAUAAGACAACCCCGUGGUUGCUUUGAGCAGGCCUCUGCAGGCUUCUGCAGGUUCAUGUGCUGGGGUAUGCUUUCGGCCGUUAGGCAUGCUUUGUCAGGCUUCCACGGACCUUGGGGUGAUGUUGUUUUCCCAUCUUGUAUGCAGCAGUAUGCAGCUGACCGUCUUGAUGUGUCGCAGGAUUCUCCUCGUCUUCACUGGAAUCUUUACGUUUCUUGUCGAUGCUUAUCCUCUAUACGCCGCCUCGGCCCUCGCAAGUAAUGCGUUUGUGCGAUGCAUGUUCGCUGCCGCAUUCCCGUUGUUUGGAACGCAGAUGUACAACAAACUUGGAUAUUCCUGGGCUUCAUCAUUGCUCGCCUUCUUGACGGUAGCCAUGCUCCCAUUCCCGUACAUCUUCUUCAAGUAUGGCAAGAAGAUCAGAAGUCGCAGUCGAUUCGCCACGCAAGCGUAACAAAAGGCAAAAGAGCGAAGAAGUCCACAGCGGACCAAAAAAAGAAAGUUGACGAGGGAGCCAAAGCAACGAGAAAUUCAGCGAAGGCCGGUGAGGGAACAGAUGUGAACGGCAUCGCACAGACUUCCCGUAUUGGUGUGGAGGACCAGCAGAGAGGCUGUCU